AAGGCUUGAACCUGAUCGAGCUGUUCUCACUAAGUCCUGUGCAGGAGGCAGCAAAUGAGUGCUGCUUGGACUCUUCUUUUCGUAUGGCCAUUUUGUUAUUUUGAUCAUAAUCUAUGAUGAGAAAAGAAAGAAUUUGUAUUUUAAUGUAUUUAAGACUGCGCAAAGACGGACCACUUGGAAAGGUUUGCCGUUUUCAGUGAAACUUGCAUAUUUACUGGACACAGUGGAUCAUAGACAAACUACAGGAUAACACAAUGGCUGAAAUGGAUGGAGAGUUUGGUGUGAAGGGAAGCAGCAUCAUCAGGGAAUGGAGUGGACAGGUCCAGCCUGCUCUAGUUGCCUUAUUUGUUUUCCUCUUCAGUCUGGAAGCCUGUCUGUGGGUCAGGAAUCUCCGUCUCAAGAGAAGACUCCCGGGACCCUUCGCCUGGCCUGUGGUGGGCAACGCCAUGCAGCUGGGACAAAUGCCUCACAUAACCUUUGCAAAGCUAGCCAAAAAAUAUGGCAAUGUGUACCAAAUACGUCUAGGAUGCAGCGAUAUUGUGGUUCUGAAUGGAGACAGGGCAAUACGUCAGGCGCUCAUACAGCACAGCACAGAGUUUGCAGGCAGACCAAACUUUGUCUCUUUUCAGGCUGUCUCAGGGGGAAAAAGUAUGACUUUCACCAAUUACAGCAAACAGUGGAAGAUGCACAGGAAAAUUGCUCAAUCAACGAUCAGAGCAUUCUCAUCUGCCAACAGCCAGACCAAAAAAGCCUUUGAGCAGCAAAUUGUGGCUGAAGCCACAGAGCUAGUUGAGAUUUUCCUUAAACUCAGUGCUCAGGGCCAGCAUUUCAACCCUGCUCAUGAGUUGACAGUAGCUGCAGCUAAUGUGAUAUGUGCCCUGUGCUUUGGAAAACGUUAUGGACACGAUGACGAUGAGUUUAGAUCCUUGCUGCACAAUGUAGAUAGGUUCGGACAGACAAUAGGCGCUGGCAGUUUGGUAGAUGUGAUGCCAUGGCUUCAGUCUUUCCCGAAUCCAGUCCGCAGCAUGUUCAAGAACUUCAAAAUUCUGAAUCAAGAGUUCUUUGGGUUUGUGCAGCACAAGGUGAAGGAGCACAGAGAGACGUUUGAUCCAGAAAUAACAAGGGACAUGAGUGAUGCUAUUAUUGGUGUGAUUGACAAGGCUGUCAGUGACAAUGUACUCACCAAAGGCCAUGCAGAGGGGACGGUGUCAGAUCUGAUUGGUGCAGGUCUCGAUACUGUGUCCACUGCUCUUCACUGGAUUCUUCUUCUACUGGCUAAGCAUUCAGAAAUACAAACCAAACUCCAUGAGCUCAUAGACAAGGUGGUGGGUCGAGACAGGCUGCCAUCUGUCAAGGACAGAAGCAACCUGGCUUACCUGGACGCCUUCAUCUAUGAGACCAUGCGCUUCACCAGCUUCGUCCCCGUCACCAUCCCACACUCCACAACCUCUGACGUCACUAUCGAAGGUCUCCACAUCCCCAAAGACACGGUGGUCUUCAUCAAUCAAUGGUCCAUCAAUCAUGACCCCCUGAUGUGGAAGGAUCCCCAUAUCUUUGACCCCUCACGCUUCCUGGAUGAAAAGGGCUCCCUAAACAGGGAUCUCACCAACAAUGUUAUGAUUUUCUCAGCAGGAAAGAGAAGAUGUAUUGGGAACCAGAUUGCCAAAGUAGAGCUGUUUCUGUUCUUCGCAAUACUACUCCACCAAUGUAGGUUUGAGAGAUGUGCCAGUGAAGACCUGUCCCUAAACUGCUCCUAUGGUUUAACAUUGAAGCCUUUAGAUUACAAGAUCACUGCCAAACUUAGGGGAGAAUUACUUACAGGCCACUGAAAAACAUUUGACUGCUGGGUUCUCCAAUUAAAGAAAAGCAAUCAAUGCAGUAUAAGGUAUGUGUUCUAAAAUAAGAUCAGAAUUUUUUUAAGUGAUGAGCUUUAAUUAUCCCAAAAAAUGCAAAUGAUCAUACUUCUGCAAACAUUUAAAAUUGUUACCAAACACAAUAAUGUCAUAUCAGCCAGUUACAAAAUCUGCUGGUUUAUGUAUCAAACGUCAGCACGCUGUAAAUGGCAUCAGACAGCAUGUGAGUUAUAUUUAAACUUAACAAAAAUUUUACUCCUCAACUCUAAAAAGCGGUGUGACUGAGAAAGCCUAAAUAUAUCUGUGCUGCCUCCACCACACUGUGUAAGAAAUGGCAACAAAGAUGCAAUUAAAGCUUUGAUGUGUUUGCCCAAAACCACAAUUCAUAAUAGACCUUAAGUAUGUAUUGUUAUUUAUAUGAGGGUAUUUAGCGGAGUCACUCUAAAUUGCAAUAUAAACCGGUGGUGAUACAUAAACUUCUUUUUGAGCAUUUUGUGUUUUUCUCUGAUGGUAAUAAAUCAUGUGCCAGCUGUGUGGUCUCGAGUGAAUCCCCUGAACAUUUAUUCACUCAGACGCUCAUUUAUCUUUGUUUGUAUCGAACUUUUUCAUGCUUGAGUUUAACGCAAACACACUGUGCAAGUCAUCUACAUUCAUGUGCUCUUAAAUCAUGUAUAAUGCUAUUGUGUUCUGAUAAUAACUCAUGUCACAUGUAACGUAUGUUUAAAGGGCCAUACAGUUGAGAUUAUGUUAUACCGUCUCCUUCCUUCAGUGCAUGUGCUACAUCACUGUGCAACAUGAUUUAGCAGGCACAUCCACUGUGUGAUAAGCAGAAUAGCAAAAUAAAUGAUGUUUUCAUAUUAAACAUGACCCGGUGUGAUACAGUCGACACUACACUGACGAAAGCCUUGGAUGCACAGUAAACAUUCAUGCAUUGAUCUCUAACUGAAUCUUUGGGGCGCAUCAGUCAGAGCAGCCAAAUUGUUGAGAAUCACAGAGGCCAGAGAGGUGAAAGAGAUAAUAAUAGAUGCUGAUGUCUGGUCUAAAAGAUUAAUAUGGGUUACAGGCCCUGCAUGUUCUUGUUCUCCCCGCUUUACAAGCAGGCUGUAACUCAUCAGUUCAGGCAACAGUAAGCAGCCGCAAGCUUCUCUCGUCAAUAUUUAACAGGGAGCCUGCUGCUGUGUCAUUUCUGAACGAAUGCAUUCACUUUCAGCCGAGUCAGUGUUAACUCUCAUGUAUCAAUACACAGUGAACUUUUUUCGUCAAUUUAACUGACAAAACUAACAAAAAUGUGUAGUAGCAAAGACUAGAGAGGUCAAGUCAUGUUAACUGUUCAAGGAGAAGUUAACUCAAACACUGCAGGGGGGUGGGGGUCACAUUAGGCUGCAUGCCAAUGAUAAAUAUGUGUCAGUGUAUUGUAUACUAUAUGCUUGUAUCGCAUCCCUUUGUAUAAUUUCAUCUUGUAAGUGCUGUUACUCUUUUUGAUGCAGUUUGGGUUUGGCAUCUGUUAUGUUUUUAUACGUAAUAAAUGUAAUAAAUCUGAGGUUCCUGUA